CUUGAAGUCGCGAAUAUAAAGGGAGUGUAGAUGGGAAUGGAUGCUAAACUCUCCUUGACUAAGAAGUUUACAGAUAUCUAUUCAACUAAGACCAUUCCAAGCUCUACAGAGCAACCAUUUAAUACCAAGUUCAGAGAAUUCGUAAAAAGUGAAAUAUGGUCAAAAAUCACAGCUGAAUUCUACAACUGUCUUGAAUUUGAAACUGCCAUUCGUUUUCGUUGUUAUGAAAUUAGUUCUAAAAAACAUGACUUUGAGGAGAACGUUAAGGAGCUAUUUUCAAUCCUAGACUUACUAGUUGUCUUGAAUGAAAUUGAUGCUUCCUACUGUGAUGCAGUCUUCCCGUUUUUAAUUUUAGAGGAGUUAAUGGACAUUCAUAGUCUAACGGAGUGCCGAAGGCUGUAUGAGUAUUUUGAGACAAGAUCAGUUCUUUUGGAUGGUUUAGUCAGUAAUCGUGGUCGUGGACCUGUUUUACUGCGUAUUUCGAACGAAUUGUUGCGCCGACUUUCGAGACAAAUUGACCCUGCGCUUUGUGGUCGCAUUCAUAUUUUGCUCAGCAAAGCUUUUGCUCCAGAAGAAAGGAGCGGCUCUAAUGUUCGUGGUGAUUAUAAUCUAGAAAAUUCAGUAAUUACUACCAAGGUUUCGUCACCAAAUAUCCCUGCAUCCGAUGGAAAUGAAGCCUCUUAUUCUCAAAAAGUGCAGUCUCUCUAUCAAAUAUUUUGGGAAUUACAAGAUCUGCUUGUCCAGCCACCAAAAAUUGCACAGAUUUCUGAUAAUUUACAAAAGUUUUUGAAUUCCACAAAUACUAUCUUGGAAUCUUUUGAGUCUAUUCAAAAAAACACAUUUUUUUUAGAUAAUCCCAAACCUACUAUUAACCCUACGUCGAAUGCUUUGCUUCCGGAAAAGUACACAGUUAUAAACGACAAUCUAUGUCCAAAUUACAUUCGUUCCCCUCCUCUUUUUGACUUUCAACUGAUAGAUGAAAGUUUUCGUCUUCAGUUUUUGCUGCAGGCUGUUAUUUUAUGUGAUUUUUUGUUAGACUUUUCUAAAGAACGAUUGGAGUCACGCCAAAACCGUCCUUUCACAAAUAAGUCUGUAGCGCCUAAUACAAGUUUAUCUGACGAAGAUGAGAAGAACGUGUCAAACCUACUGAAUCGGAUUUUUGCACUUUUAAAAGAACUAAAGAAUGGUGCUUAUUUUGAUACAGUGACAUCCGUGAUCAACGUGGAAAGUAAUUGGAAAAAUUGGAAAGGUUUUGGUUGUCUUUCGUUUGAAAAGCCUUUACUUGAUAAAUCCAUUUUAGAUGAAGCGGUUGCUGGUCUAAAAAAAGUUGCAGGUACGCCUCCGAAAAUCCGUUAUGCCAUGGGUAAUGCAGCGCUUGCUAAAAUAUGGAAAAAUGCUGGAGAGAAUUCUUUAGAAGAUUUAAAAAAGAAAGAAAGAUAUCAGAUACCUACUCCGAAAAGUUUCCUUUCUGGUGUAAGACACGACUCUGCUGAAAUUGAAGAGUCGGUAAAGGAAGAUGAGCGAGAAUAUCAUCAACAAGCAAAAGCUUCAAAAACUUGGCGUGCUUUUCGUUCUGCGAUCAAUUCGCAUUUAGAAGCCUUUGAAUUUACCGGGUUGGGUGAUCUGGAGCUAUUGUCUCAGGCUAUUGAAGGUCAUACGACAUUGGAAAAGCCGAAAACAAAUAUGAAUCCUGCUUUCGACAUAAACAUCGUUGAGAAGGGUGAUGAAAAGUUACAUGAGAAAGUGAUAGAAGAACAAAAAAAGCAGGAAAUUCAAGAUGCUACGCCAAUGGAUGAAGAUAAAGAACCAGAGUCUAAAGGAGAGCAGCAGAUUGAGCCUGUAACCACAAAGGAAGAUUUGAAAAAGUCGAAUGAUCAGAAGGAUUUAUCUACAGAUCUUCAGAAGGAAAAUGGAAAAGAUGAAGCUGAAUAUGAAAGCAAAAAAGAAGAUGGUACCGAUAAACAACCAAAAUCAGUGCCUAAAGAUCAAUCCGAUAAAGUAAGUAAUCCCUCUGAUGAAAACUCUACAGCAGCGCAUGAGGAAAGAACAGAGGAGGCCGAGAACGUCAAAGAUUCAGAAAAUAAGAAGCGAUCUCGAGAAGGAGAUGUAAAUGAAGAAACUAUUAGUUUAAGUCCAAAACGUCAAAAAACUGAAGAGAAAGAGAACACUGAUUCUUAGUUGGAAGUCUUAAUGUAUGUAAGGAUAAUGUCUACAAAGUUUUUUGUUGGUGUAGGAAUUUUUCAUCAUAGUUUUAAUUAAUUUAUCUUAAUUAAAGUAAAAAGAUUACGACGUAUUUUAGGCCUAAUUUGGGUUUUUCUUGUUCUUGAAUGCUGUAUUCGGU